UUGCUAUAGAUGAGUCAUGGGACACUCAGUCAGUUUCCCCCUGGUGGCAGCAAAUGCGUGCAGCUUGCAUUCAGUCUGAGAAUAAUGCGGCUGCCUUGUUAUCUGCUCACGUUGGACAUUCUGUAACUGCACAGAUAAUUGACAGUGUGACAGAGAAAAAGUUUUCCCAAAUAAUUGUAGGUUCAGACACGGAAUCCUGGGAAGCACUUUCCCUUGAUACUGAGUAUUGGAAACUUUUGCUGAAGCAGUUGGAGGAUUGUCUGAUACUUCAAACACUACUGCAUAGCAAAGUGAGCAAAAGGACAAAAAGAGUUUCAUCACUCCAGACUGAGCCUUUGGGCAGACUUUCUGUAAAGAAGUUGCUUGAAGCUGGAAAAGGAGGCAUUGCUGACACUGUAGCAAAGUGGGUUUUUAAGCAAGGCUUCAGUCCUCUUGUACUGAAUUUGGCCCAACAUAAAAACAGUACAGACAGUACUGAAGAAUCUGUAGAAAUGCAUACAAACAUCUUUCUUGAGGAACCAGAAGCAGAUGCAGGCUUGGAAACAAUCCUAGAGCUGCUGCAACUAGCGUAUCAGCAAUUUCCAUGUAGUCUUGAAGUGGAUGUACUCCAUGCACAUUGCUGUUGGGAAUAUGUAGUGCAGUGGAAUAAGGACCCAGAGGAAGCAUGUUUUCUCAUUAGGUCUAUAGAUCAUCUAAGAUGUAUCGUGAAUGCUCACGUUCAGCAUGGUAUCGCGCUGAUGAUGUGGAAUACAUUCAUAGUUAAAAGACUUUCUUCUGCUACGUAUCUAAUGGACAAGGUUGGAAAAGCUCCAAAGGACAGGUUAUGCAGACGGGACGUAGGUAUGAGUGACACAGCAAUGACAGCUUUUCUUGGCUGCUGUUCAGAUCUUCUGCAAACAUUGCUAGAGGCUGACGUCAGUAGUGACGAAAUGCAGGCUCCUGUCUUGGAUACCGAAGACGCGUGGGUGUCGGUAGAAGGACCAGUAUCGAUAGUGGAACUAGCUCUUGAGCAGAAACGCAUUCACUACCCACUUGUUGAACACCAGUUUGUGUUAUGUACCAUCUUAUAUGCCAUCAUGAGGUUUUCUCUGAAGAGUGUGAAGCCUCUUUCGCUGUUUGAUAGCAAGGGCAAAAAUGCAUUUUUCAAAGACCUUACUUCAAUUCAGCUGCUACCUAGUGGGGAUAUGGAUCCAAAUGUGUCAUCCAUAAGACAACAGUUCUUGGCCAAAGUUGUGAGUGCAGCGGUUCAAACGCUGUGUUCAUCGCAAAAGGCCAAAGAAGUCUCGGAAGAGGACUUGUUUCCAUUUGAAAAGGGGAAGAAUUGGCCAACUUUGGCAGUGGACCUGGCUUUGUAUCUUCAAAUCUCUGAGGAUGUGGUCAGAAGGCAUUAUGUCUGUGAACUGUACAGUUAUGGGAUGGAUCAUCUUGGUGAAGAGGCCUUUCUUCUGGUGGCUGACAAAGAAGUGCUGGCGUCACAGUUGCUCGUACUGGCUGGACAGAGACUGGCCUUUGCUUUACUUCAUAUGCAGACAAAGGAGGGUAUGGAACUUCUCGCUAGGCUUCCUCCAACGCUCUGUACUUGGCUCAAAGCUAUGGACCCCCAGGAACUUCAAAAUGUGGAAGUGCCAAUUGCAACGACAGCUAAACUGGUGAACAAAGUCCUAGAGCACUUACCGGAGAACCACGGGCAGUACAGCCUUGCCUUGAACCUGAUAGAGGCUGUGGAAGCCAUCUCGUCGUGACACUCCUGGCUAGCGCAGCGGGGCUACGCAGAGGCGUGAGGCACGGUUUUACACCGUGAGGCUGAACUUGACAGAGAGAAGCUUCCAUGCGGCGCUUGUUAAACAACAAAAGGAACAAUGCUCCCCCUCCCAGAAUUUCAGAAGGCAGUUUUAAAUUGGAGUAGAUUUUAAAUUCUGCACUAGUACAAAGCUGUUUAGUUUCUAGUACACUUGUCAGUAUUUGAAAUGCUUUGUUAUUUAUUUCUGACUUGAGUGCUUGUUGCGGUAGUCUAAAUUGGAUAUAUUUGACAACAGUUUUAGUCUAUUAUUUACAAAAUCACAUCUUGUAAAAUUCUGUAUUUCAUGCUGGCAGUAACUGCUGCGGUUUCAAUGUUCCAUGUAUGAUUUGUUUUUCAAAACAAGCGGUAGAAUUACACCCGAGAAAAACUUCAGUCUCUGAAGUUACUGUGUAAAGCCAGUACUGCUUUUUAGAAGCUAGAGCUGGCGUUGGGCUCAGGCCUUGUAACUGCAUUAUACGUGACAAUGACAACUGCACUAGACAGGAUGAAACGUGCUGGGGCCUUACGCAAAGGGAGAA